AUGCCGACCUCUAAUGAUAAUUCAUUGUUCGCGGAUCAAAAUAUUACGAAUAGUAAGAAAUUGCCAACGUCGAUAGUGGAAUUAUUGUCAACGCCUCCAUUACUACCACGAAAUAUUACGAGUGCUACUAAUAAUAGCACGACGACUACGGAACUGACGAGAUCCGAGACGAACGACUCCUCUAGUAGCUCCAUCUCCAACCUGUCCUCAACGUUAUCAAAGAGCGACUCGCAAACGUCUCUAACUUCCCUGCCAAUGAUUCAACCAACGCCAAGCCAGGGACUGUAUUCUGUCCACACAACCAAAUGGCAGCACAUCAGGCUAUCACAAUUGAUCGAAUCGAAUAAACUGAUAUCGAUCCAGAGCGAUCUGGACGUGGAACACGCGUUUAAUACGUUGAUACAAUAUCAUCUAUCUUCUUUGCCCGUUCAACAAAGACCAAACGAUCGUUGCAACUAUUUGACUUUCGAUUAUAACGAUUUGAAUUUUUACUUAUUGUUAGUCCUGAAUAAGAUUAAUAUUAAUGAUCUGAAGUUGACCAAAGAAUGUCAAAAUGGAGGGAAUGUCCCAGUUGGCGAUUUGAUUAAAAGAACUCCAAAGGAUCCAUUCUUCAAACUGGCAGAGACAGACAAUUUAUCAAACGCAAUUAAUAUCCUGGGUUCGGGGGUUCAUAGAAUUGCAAUCACGGACGUCACCAUGACCACAAUCAAAGGUAUUCUAUCACAGAGAAGACUGGUGAAAUAUUUAUGGGACAAUGCGCGCUCUUUUAUCGAUUUGGAACCGUUAUUUAAUUCUUCAAUUAAAGACUUAAACAUCGGUGUGUUAAAUUAUGGACAGGGACAAGCAGGCCAAUCGACAAUUAAUAAUAGCAAUAAUGAUAGCAGUAACAACAACAGUAAAUCAAGAGUCAUCUCAGUCAAUGGGAACCAACCGCUAAUAGACGCCCUGUUAAAGAUGUAUAAUGAACGGAUUUCAUCAAUAGCUGUAGUGGAUGAUCAAUAUAAUUUAAUUGGAAACAUUAGCGUUACAGAUGUCAAACACGUCACUAGAACUUCACAAUAUCCAUUAUUGAAUAACACAUGCCGUCAUUUCAUAUCGGUGAUUUUAAACACUCGUGGGUUGGAAAAUGGCGGGAAGGACUCUUUCCCAAUCUUUCAUGUAUAUCCAACCUCGUCAUUGGCUAGAACCAUUGCCAAAUUGGUCGCUACAAAGUCGCAUCGAUUAUGGAUCGUACAAAGACCAUCAUCUUCAACUACGCCAUCAACAACGUCUUCCUCUUCCUCAUUAGCAUCAAUGAAUUCCAUAACAUCAUCUGAAAAAAUUUUGAAAAAACCCCUGGUGGGUUCUACCAAUUCUUCUGCUGAUACAUUCGAUUCCGCAAUGGGUUAUAUGGAAAAGGAUCAUCUUGCAGGGAAAUUGAUAGGUGUGGUGUCUUUGACAGAUAUAUUAGGUGCAUUAGCAAGAAAUCAAACUCAUCACAAACAGAUAGAUCCACAAUUUGCAAGAAAACAUAGAUCAAACCAAGCAUAA